UCAAGUACUCACAUGUCGACCUCAGACUCGGAACCACCUGCAAAGCGGCAAAGAAGGGACAUGGACGAGGAUGAGGACGACCACCCGCUCAUCAUCCAUCGCUCCAAUGAUUACUGGUUUGAGGACGGAAAUGUUAUCUUGCAAGUCCAACAAACCCAAUUCCGCCUGAGCAAAUCGAUCCUCUCCAUGCACUCGCCCAUCUUUCGUGACAUGUUUUCCCUCUCGCUUCCCGAAAACGAGCCGCUGUGUGAAGGUUGUCCAGUUGUGGUUCUUCCCGGAGACGCAAGUGAAGAUUGGGAGCAUCUCCUUGGUGUAAUUUUCCCUAAAGACUGUUUUGCUUUCGGAGAUCCCCAUGUAGACCAAGUUUCUGCGAUUCUCCGUCUCAGUAAGAAGUACGACCUUGCUGGAUUCCGAAAACACUGUGUGGAGCGUCUCAAGGCAGAGUUUCCCACCAAACUUCUGCAGUUUGACAACGUGAUAAAGUCCUGGACCAAUAUCUGUGUGAAUGAUGACGACGGACCCAAAGCUUGCGUUCAAGUCGUCAACCUGGCUCGGGAACUUGGCCUCUAUUCGAUCCUCCCCACUGCCUUUUAUAACCUUAUCCACUAUUCUGAAGGGAUUCAUGGAGAUAGCCUGGUGAUGAUGACCGACAAAGAGGAUCGCCGCGUUUCCCUGGAAGCAUAUAUCAAAAUGGUCCGCUCCUACACCAACACCCCAUUGAAGUGGCUGGCUCCAAAGUCGGGAAUAUCUUGGGAUGCAUGCACGAGCCCAUCUCGUUGUAGCUCCGAACGAAAAGAGAUCUUGAUUGAGCUGCUCUCGCAGAGCGAUAAGGUGGCCUCGAUAUUGCGGGUGUGGAACAAUCAGUGGGAUACACGCAUGUGCGAAGGUUGUGUAACCAAAGCCCAAGAAGUCUUCGAAACCGCUCGCAAAGACUGCUGGGAGAAGCUGCCAUCGUAUUUCGGCUUGGAAGACUGGGAGACGUUGCAAAAGAUGGACUUUGAGUAA